UGCAAUGAGGAGGAGUCGCCCUUAACAACACUCUUGCCCCCCCAGCCUGGUGCUGAAAUCCCAUCAUCGAAGUGCGAUCAAUUCCAUCCCCCCAACUUCGCUGCAAUUCUUCUGGUUUUGUCCCAAGUGUACCUCGGAACGGCACUCCCAACGCACAGACGCGGAGACUCUUUGACUGAUCCCUCGAAAAUCGCGCUUUUGCUCCAAUCCCCUCGUCAAAAUUCAAAUCCCCCUCCUCCUGCCCCUCGGCCCUUGCCCCCUAUUCCAGUUCAGAAUCCCGUCCAGGCGGUCCUCACCCUCAACCAGAGCCUAAACCUGCAUAUGCAAGUCGCCCUUUUCCACUUGCAAAGAGCAAAACAAAGGCAUUAA